AUGGCACAGCGUCAGCCCAUGAAUCUGCUCGACUUGCCUGUCGAUGUCCUGGCUCUCAUUUUAGCUCAGCUGGUCAAGUUCGAUACGGCAAUCGAGCUAUGUCCGUGUUCAAAUCACGGAGGGCUUAGCGACCAGCUGGAGGCUGCGAGGUUGGUCCUCCUCGUGCAUCCGCACCUGCACGCAAUCGCCUGCCCGAUGCUUUACAGCCUAAACACUUUCAAAAUGUCUAUAGUGUCCGGAAGGCACGGCGCACCUCAGGCCAAGAUGCUGCAGACAUACUAUCACAGUGAUGCUUCCGGGCGGGCGCGUACAGAACCAGCUCUUUUUGCAGACCCGGCCGAUGUGCCAGACUCUCUGGCUGCUGAGGAGAGGCGAGAAAUGGGCAAGCUGCAGCUCUUUGUUACACCCUCGGCGCGGCGACGUAUACGUACCUUUGUGCUGGAGGUGGGACGCCACCGCGGAUGGAUCGACCAAAUUGUUACGCCGGUGCUUUCUGACAUGAUUCUCGCCGGGAAUCUUGCUUCUCUGAGCAUCACACUAUUGUAUCAACAUCCCGAUGUCAGGCCCAGGAACUUUUUCCGGGCGACAAGCCCCAAUUUAUCAAGUCUUUCUUCAGGGGGGGAUGCGGUCAUAUUUACGAAGCCGCCGCUGAGGGGCUUCUUCCAGGUUUUGGCAGAUCCAGAUCUCGAAACGUCGCGACUAUUUUUAUCGAAAAGACACCCACCCGCGUGGUGCAAGUAUCAUAGCAGAGACUUGAAGUGUGAUCAUCAAGGAGGAAAAGGCCCUUCAACUGCUGCAGUUGACUGGCAGGCUAUUGUUCGGGAGGUUUUGGAUCCUAAAGGAGUCAAGACGGCAGCUACAUGGUCGGAGGCCGCACCUCGUCUCGGCCGGGCUUAG